AUGGGUCGACGGGCGUUCGAUAAGCACUUCUCCGAGUCCACUCACAUCUACGGUUUGAAGUGUCUGGGCAUCACAUCGAACACUAAUCUCUUCCGAGAAAUCACCCGAAUUAGUGAGGCCAUGGCCCUUUGGGAUUCGCUUGAGAAGGAGCGGAAGAAGGACAGAGACUCUCGCGAUAAUGUGGUUCAGAUGGAGGAUGCUGAGGGCAAUGUCAUGCCCGAACGAAUCUACUUGGAUCUGCAAAAGCAGGGUAUUCUCUGAGCGAAGACAGAUAUCAUUUUUCUUUCCAAUACCAUCAGGCGUCUUUCAUCUUAUCCAAAAGGCCCGGAGUUUGGCGAAUGUUUACUUCUCUGGGCAGGGACUCACAAGCCUGUCACAACCGGGACUUUGUUUCGUUUUGGUGUACAAUUAGCAAUUUAUGAUCUACACUGAACAUUCAACACUCCAUAUCCAGUCGUAAUUUUUUAGCCGUUAAGUCGGAGAAGUUUUACACCCCAAAAUUCCAG